GUCCACCGCCAAGUCCCAGUCAGCUCCAGCCAGCCUCCUUUAAGGCUUGUGGCCUCGAUGUCCUUCCCCCGGUGUGCGCUUUUGUGGGCUCGGCUCCCGGCGGGGCGCUGGGCUGGCCACCGGGCAGCGGUCUGCUCUGUCCUUCGCGCCCGCGGUGAACCCCUGCCUGGGGCUCUGGGGCGCGUGUCUACCGCUGCCUCCGCCUCCUCCUCCUCUUCUGCCUCAGGAGGUUCUAAAGCCCCGAACACAUCCUUGUUCGUGCCUCUGACUGUGAAACCUCAGGGCCCCAGCGCGGAUGGCGACGUCGGGGCCGAGCUAACCCGCCCUCUGGAUAAGAAUGAAGUAAAGAAGAUCUUAGACAAGUUUUACAAGAGGAAAGAAAUUCAGAAACUGGGUGCUGAUUAUGGACUCGAUGCUCGUCUCUUCCAUCAAGCUUUCGUCAGCUUUAGAAAUUAUAUCAUGCAGUCUCAUUCUCUGGAUGUGGACAUUCACAUUAUUUUGAAUGAUAUUUGCUUCAGUGCAGCUCAUGUGGAUGAUUUAUUUCCAUUUUUCUUGAGACACGCAAAACAGAUAUUUCCUGUGUUGGAAUGUAAGGAUGACCUUCGUAAAAUCAGUGACUUAAGAAUACCACCAAACUGGUACCCAGAAGCCAGAGCCAUACAGCGGAAGAUAAUAUUCCAUUCAGGCCCCACAAACAGUGGAAAGACUUAUCAUGCAAUCCAGAAAUACUUGUCAGCAAAAUCUGGAGUGUAUUGUGGCCCUUUAAAAUUACUGGCACAUGAGAUCUUCGAAAAGAGUAAUGCUGCUGGUGUUCCGUGUGACUUGGUAACAGGGGAAGAGCGUGUGACCAUAGAGCCAGAUGGGAAACAGGCUGCCCAUGUUGCUUGUACCGUUGAGAUGUGCAGUGUUACAACUCCUUAUGAAGUGGCCGUGAUUGAUGAAAUUCAAAUGAUCAAAGAUCCAGCCAGAGGAUGGGCCUGGACCAGAGCGCUUCUAGGACUCUGUGCUGAAGAAGUCCAUUUGUGUGGAGAAUCUGCUGCUAUUGACCUGGUUACUGAGCUUAUGUACACGACUGGGGAGGAAGUAGAGGUACUAGAUUAUAUGCUUUGUCUCAAGUUUUUUUUUUUUUUACUAAAGGCAGCCGGUCUUCAUCCAACUGCUGAGCAGAUUGAAAUGUUUGCCUACCAUCUCCCUGAUACAACACUUUCUAAUCUCAUUGAUAUUUUUGUAGAUUUUUCACAAGUUGAUGGGCAGUAUUUUGUCUGCAAUAUGGAUGAUUUUAAAUUUUCUGCAGAGUUGAUCCAACAUAUUCCAUUAAGUCUACGAGUGAGGUAUGUUUUCUGCACAGCUCCUAUCAACAAGAAGCAGCCCUUUGUCUGUUCUUCACUGUUACAAUUUGCCAGGCAGUAUAGCAGGAAUCAACCACUGACCUUCUCAUGGUUACGCAGAUAUAUUAAGUGGCCAUUACUUUCACCUAAGAAUAUUAAAGACCUCAUGGAUCUAGAAGCUGUCCAUGAUGUCUUGGAUCUUUACCUCUGGCUAAGCUACCGGUUUAUAGAUAUGUUUCCAGAUGCCAGCCUUGUUCGAGACCUCCAGAAAGAACUAGAUGGCAUUAUCCAAGACGGUGUACACAACAUCACCAAACUGAUUAAAAUUUCAGAGACACAUAAGCUGUUGAAUUUGGAGAGCUUGUCAGCAGAGAGCCAGUCGCGAUCAUCAGGAACUUUAAAGGGCCAAGCUAGAAGGGUGCGUGGCACCAAAACGUUAGGGAGUAAAGCUGCUGAGCCACCCAGCCCCAGUGCGGGAGAGAAAUCCCUUGCUUCCAGAUUGGUGCAGCAAGGCCUCCUCACUGCAGACAUGCUGAAACAGCUAGAAAAAGAAUGGUUGACACAACAAAUGGAGCAUGACAAAGACAGAACAGAGCCUGGGACUCACUCAAAAGGGACAAGAAGGAAGAAGAAGGAACCUGAUUCAGAUUAGUUUUAUUUUUAUUUUUGCAAAUAAAAAUAUUUUAAAACCC